UUGAGUUGACUGUUUGUCGACGUUGCUUAAAACUGAAUAUUUGUCUGUCCUGUAUUACAUUCUGAGGACAUUCAGAUACCAACAUGAGCAGCUUUGGGCAGAUCCUGAAGGAGAUUGGGGAGUUUGGUUUGUUUCAGAAACGCUUGGUGGCUGCAUUAUGCAUCACCAGCAUAUUUACUGCCUUCGAUGUAAUUGGCCAGGUGUUUACUGGCAUGAACUUCCCACAUUACUGUAACACUGACUGGAUCUUGGACCGUGGUCCCAACCUGACAUAUGAGCAACAAAGAAAUCUCACAAUCCCGGUGAACAGCGAUGGAAAGUUUAAAAGCUGUGAAAUGUUCACACCUGUCAAUCUGGAUUUGGAGACCAUUGAAGCAUAUGGGAUCAACACUACAACAGGAUGCAUUAAUGGAACAUAUUUUGAGGUGACCAAAGGUGCCUCUAGCAUUGUGACAGAGUUCGACCUGGUGUGUGACAGGAGCAGUUUGAUAGAGGCAUCUCAGUCCAUCUACAUGGCCGGUCUCCUGGUUGGAGCCUUCGUGUUGGGACAGAUGGCUGACAGGUUUGGUCGUCGCUUUGUCGUCCUCCUUUCACUCCUUCUCCUGCUGUUGUUUGGCGUGGGUGCUGGUUUCUCACCCAACAUCUAUGUUUACAUUGUUGUCAAAUUUUUAGGUGGCAUCUCAAUUUCAGGCAUUAUUGCUAAUGCGUUUGUGAUUGGUGGAGAAUGGAGUGAUUCCUCCAAGUUUGCUCUCUGCACCAUUAUCUGCCACUCUUUUUACCCUCUUGGACUGAUGAUAUUGUCUGGCGCUGCCUAUUUUAUCCGCAACUGGAGGGUCCUGCAGUGGGUGCUCUUUAGUCCCCUUGUCCUCGUUUUGGGAAUAUUUUACUGGAUUCUCCCAGAGUCAGCUCGUUGGCUUAUUACCCAGGGCAGGAAGAAAGAGGCCAUAAAGGAGGUGCGGAGGGCAGCAAAGGUAAAUGGGAGGAAGGUACCUGAAGAUCUGCUAGACAAGCUGGACGAUGAGGGUACAUCUAAAAAAAGAAACAUGUUGGAUCUCUUCAGGAUACCAUAUCUGAGAAAACGUGCUAUUGUAAUGAGUUAUAUGUGGUUUGCAACCAGUCUGAUGUACUAUGGACUGAGCCUGAAUGUUGGCAAUUUUGGUCUGGAUAUCUACCUCACACAGUUCAUUUUUGGCAUGGUAGAAAUUCCUGCACGCCUGGGUUGCUUGCCUUGUAUACAACGUUUUGGGAGGAGAAUAUGUCUAGCGGGGGUGCUAUUGUUUGGAGGUGCUGCUUGUCUCGGCAUCCUUGCUAUUCCAAAAGACCUUCCUGUAGUGGUCACAGUCAUAGCUGUAAUGGGGAAAUUUGCUGCCACUGCCUCUUUCUCCAUAGUCUACGUUUAUACGGCAGAACUGUACCCCACCACUCUAAGGCAGAAUGGUGUAGGUCUCAACUCCAUGUGUGCUCGUGUGGCGGGCAUCCUCGCUCCGUUAAUCAGGCUCCUGGACUUCUACCAUCACACCAUCCCCAUGCUGAUAUAUGGCAUCAUACCCGUUGUUGCUGGAGGUGUCUGUUGGUUUCUGCCAGAGACCCGCAAUAUGGAACUCCAGGACCAUGCUGAACCAACGGAACCUGAGAGUGGAACCGCUUACAAGGGAUUCGUUAAGAAAGAGGAAAACUCAGGGAAGGGCACCAAGUUCUAGUUUAUGUUGACAUUCACAUAUCAGGAAAAACAGUGUAUUUACUCUCAAGUUGUACAGUGGUAACACUUACUGUACCUAUAACAGAACAUUUUACUUUAUUAUUGCAUAAUGUUUUAAUUUUCAUUGUUAAAAUCUGUUUCAAUGUAUAUGUAUAUUUGGUCUAAACUCUUUUGUUUCUGUGUCUGAUCUAAAUGUAGUUUCUGAAUGAUGUACAGUAUUAUUAUAACGUAUUGCUCUCUCAUGGAUGACUAAGACAUGAAUGAGUUUCAGUUGCAAUGAAUCAACUGUUUAAUAUAAUGGAAAACAGAAAUAGGCACACAUUUUGACAUGUCGAAGCAGGAAGAGCACAGGCCUAAAAUUUAAGUCAAACUUCACCUUUGUUAUCUUUGAAUUGCAAAUUUGCACGUCUACAAAAUCUCUCAAAUGUGUUAAAGCUGCACUAAUCAAUAUUUUUAAAUGAACAAUGGGUCAACUGAUUAUGUGUAAUAUAAAAGUUGUCAUUCAUAGUGAGACAUAAUGCCCGACUCAGCACUUCUCCUCAGCUCUAUGGAGCAUUUUGGUGUCUUUUAACUUUUAAUAUUUAAACUUUGUUUUAGUUCACUUUCAUUACUUUCUUCAGCUCUUGGGCUCCAAACACAAGACGAAGUCACUGACUAGCAGGUGAACGUAGUGGAGUGUAAAGAAAGCUACAGACUCACAUAUUAACACAACUCCAAUUAAUGCUUGAAUGUGACUCCCUGGAAGAAAAUGUUGAUACACCUUGUCUGUGUUUUUGAUUGUGUGUGAAUAUUUUAUUUUGGAGUGUUCCUUGUAUGAGUGCAUUCAGUAUCUUUUGUGUUAUGUUCCUGUAUUCUGUUAUGUUUCUUUUGAAGUCAACUUUAUUUGGAAAAAGUGCCUUAAGCAGUGUCCUCAUUGUUCGACAAACUACAGCUGCAGCAUAACUUUAUGAACUGCAAAAAUAAGA